AUGGAGGAAAAAUCAGCAGCAGCGACGACAGGGAGAGGUCCGGGCCAGCAGACGGCGGAGGAGAUCGCCCGUGAAACCCGGGACAUGCUGCGCCGGCAUUGCGAGGAGCAGCGGGCGCGGGAUCAGCUGCGCGACCUGAAGCUAGAGAGCCUGGACAUUCAGGUUGGAGGCCUGGAGAACAAGUGCUCCAUGGAUCUUGGUCUUAUGCAGGUAUCACUUGUUGAGGGGGAGCUCUACCACAAAUUGAUGAUCCGGAGUUACUGCACCGGCUGUAGGCUCCAGCCCCUUCUGCUUCGACUACCUCAGCUCAGGAGGACGAUCCAGUACCACUACUUCCACUUCGAUCGUUCACCUCUACAAGAAUCUGUUCGAGCAGAAGGUGGACCCGCUGAGGACGCAGGGGAGGUGACCUCGAGCUUGCUAUGCUCUAGGUCCAGCGGGAUCUUCAUCGAGUUGGAUCCAUUUGGUCUAGUCCUGGAGGCCUCUCCUUCGCCGCGUGUCUCCUUCGCCGCGUGCUUCUACUGCGCCGCCCCGUGCGCCGACUUCUACUUCGGCGUCUGCAUCAUCCAGGUCGACAGCGGCGGCUUCCUCAGCUGGCCGAACGCGGGCACCCUGCAGGUCGUCUGGUCCGCGAACAGGGACCGCGCCGUCCGUGAGAACGCCACCCUCAGCUUCACGGCCGGCGGUGACCUGCUGCUCCGGGACACCGACGGGAGCCUCGUGUGGUCCACACGCACCUCAGACCAGUCCGUUGCCGGGAUGACACUGACCAAGUCCGGCAACCUGGUGCUCUUCUACCGCAAGAACGCGCCGGUGUGGGAGUCGUUCAGCCACCCGGCAGAUUGUCUGCUCCCGGGCCAGCAACUGGUGGAAGGGAUGAGGUUAACACCGAAUGCCUCCGCCACCAACUGGACGACCAACAAUCAGCUGUAUGUUACUGUCCGUGCUGAUGGUUUGUAUGCAUUUGUUGAAUCUUCGCCUCCUCAACUCUACUACCAAAAGACAGUGCCCAAAUCCGGAAACAGGAAAACGUAUAUGACCCUGACAAAUGAUUCAGUGGCGAUCUUUGCAUCCUCCUCCACUGACAAUGUAUCAAUUCUAGAGACGGGCAGCAAGAUCAACAUGACGGCAGGAGGAAUGAUGUACAUGAGGCUCGAAUCUGACGGACAUCUGAAGUUGUAUCAGUAUAAAGGAAUAGAUGGAUGGACCAUGACGCAGGAUAUUCUCAAGGGGCAGGUAGAUGAUUGUGCUUACCCGACUGUCUGUGGUGAGUAUGGAAUAUGCACCAAUGGGCAGUGUACAUGCCCAAUUCCACUUGACAGCAACACUACAUACUUCAAGCAGACUGAUAACCGCAGGAUCAACCUCGGAUGCAUGCCAGUGACUCCAAUUUCUUGUGCAUCGAUGCAAGACCACCAGCUCCUUGCUCUAAGUAAUGUUUCUUACUUCAAUUAUGUAGAUUCAAGGGCCGCUUUGCCUCAGAUGAUUGAUGAAGAGAGUUGCAAGAAUGCCUGCUUGCGGAACUGCUCCUGCAAGGCUGCAUUCUUUCAGUACAGUGGUAAUGACACUUCUAAAGGCUGAUGUUACCUGCCAACACAAGUCUUUUCGUUGCAAGUAAAUCAGUUGGAAGUAACUCACUACAGUUCUUCUGCAUACCUCAAGGUGCAGAUCACACAGCCACCCCCUAGUCCUAGUCCCUCGAAUUCCAAUGGUGUGGUGAAUAGGUCCACACCCACAGGAAAGAGAAGGAUUGGUGCAGGCGCAAUUGCUGGUUUCACAGUAGGAGUAUCUUUACUUGCUGCGAUCAUCACUACAUUAGUGGUUUGUUGGAGGCGAUAUCAGCAUAGAGAUGAUGACGAUGAAUUUGGAGAAGUACCAGGUAUGACUACUAGGUUCACAUUUGAACAGUUGAAAGUAGCAACCGAGCAAUUUAGCAAAUUGCUCGGAAAAGGAGGAUUCGGUUCAGUUUUUGAGGGUCAGAUAGGCGAGCAGAGAGUUGCUGUAAAACAGCUGGAUCGAGCUGGUCAGAGAAAGAAGGAAUUCUUGGCAGAAGUUGAGACGAUUGGAAACAUUCACCAUAUAAAUCUAGUGAGAUUGAUUGGCUUCUGCGCUGAGAAAUCUCAGAGACUCCUAGUGUACGAAUAUAUGUCGAAAGGAUCAUUGGACAGCUGGAUCUAUUUCCGAGAUGGGAAUAGGCCUCUUGAUUGGCAUACACGAUGCAGGAUUAACACCGAUAUCGCCAAGGGCCUAGCUUAUCUUCAUGAAGAGUGCCGGCAACGAAUUGCUCAUCUGGAUAUCAAACCGCAAAAUAUCCUCUUAGAUGACAACUUCAGUGCAAAACUUUCUGAUUUUGGCCUAUCUAAGAUGAUUGACAGGGAUAAGAGCCAAGUGGUUACAAGAAUAAGAGGGACUCCAGGAUAUUUAGCUCCUGAGUGGUUGACAUCACAAAUCACUGAGAAAGUUGACAUAUACAGCUUUGGUGUAGUAGUCAUGGAAAUUAUCAGCGGGAGAAAGAACCUUGAUUAUUCCCAACCCCAAGAAAACGUUCAUCUCAUUAG